UUUUCACAGAGCCGUUUCUUUUUAAGAGAAUAUCUGAACAAUGGGGUUUUGUUUUCUAAGAUGCAAAAGAGCGAACUUGUUUGAAAUUAGGUCCCAAGUUCCAAUCUUUUUUUAUAUAAAUGGUUUAAUCGUGUUACCGUUGAUUUUGCAGGUGUUCAAAGAAUCAUUUUCAUGGAAGGUCUUAAACGUUUUCUUUCGUUGUGUUCUUUGGAAAGUCUAAUACUGUGUUUUUAUCACAAAACGCAGAGGAAAGAGGAAACAUUCAUGGAUGUGGAAAAAGGAAGAAACAUUUACGAGGAGAUGCCUUGUUUCGAUCCCAACACUCCGGCAUCAGUUACGGCGGAGAGCAGCUGCUUCUCUCAAGUCCAACCGCCGCAAAUUCUUGUCGCCGGAAGCACAAGCAACAGCAACUGCAGUCUUGAUGUGGAAGAGUUCCAUCUCAGCCCACAAGACUGUCCUCAAGCCUCUCCAACACCACUUCAUCAAUUUCACAUCAACCCUCCUACAGAACGUGAGAGAAGAGUUCACUUCAAUGACCGCUUCUCCAUCCUCAAGAACCUCAUUCCAAAUCCCACAAAGAGUGAUAGAGCUUCCAUCGUUGGAGAGGCAAUAGAUUACAUCAAAGAGCUGUUAAGGACGAUAGAGGAGUUCAAGAUGCUUUUGGAGAAGAAAAAGUUGGAGGAGUUCAGGAGCAUGAAGAAAGCUAAAACUGAUGGAGAAGAAGAAGAAGAAGAAAACAAUGUGAGUUACAGGCAACAGAGCCAAGUAGACCAAUCUUGUUUCAACAAGAAGUCACUUAGAUGUUCUUGGCUGAAGAGGAAAUCGAAAGUCACUGAGGUUGAUGUACGCAUAAUAGAUGAUGAAGUGACCAUCAAGGUCGUUCAGAAGAAGAAGAUUAACUGUUUGUUGUUUACAACUAAAGCUCUUGAUCAGCUUAAGCUGGAUCUUCACCAUGUUGCGGGAAGACAGAUUGGUGAGCAUUACAGCUUCUUGUUCAACGCUAAGAUUUGUGAAGGAUCUUGUGUGUAUGCAAGUGGAAUUGCAGACACAGUGAUGGAGGCUGUGGAGAAGCAGUAUAUGGAAGCGGUUCCUACCAACGGCUACUGAAAGACAGACAGUGGUGUCUAAUUGCUUUUAAACCCCCUAAUGACUGAUUAGUUAUUGGACAUGACUUGGGUUCACCCCCUAUGGUGAACAUUUAUAUUCACCACUUGAUUUAUAACCAA